UUCUGUACCCUAACUUUGCCCAGCUCAUGGAAUCUAUGGCUGCCUGCGCAACGGUUACUCAGGUCGAAACAAAGGGAGAGUUUGCAAGAAGAAUGAGGCUUUCACCACCGACCAUCGUGGUAGCCAUUGAUGCAGGAAUAUCGAAGCUGGAGAACUCUACUGUCUUGAACCAAUUGCUUCAGUACACGAGGGAGGUCGGAAUUACUAUCUGCUGCUGCAAUUUCAGCAAUAACAUCACCAGUGCGACGUUUUUUGCUGCUUGGGGUCUGCCAUGGGAUCUAGGAUCGUAUUUCAGGACGACUGUUCAACUGAACAGAACUGCAACCGGAAUAUCGCUGGAAGGUCUACCAGAGUCGUACAGUCUCAAGGCGCUGCUGUUGCUGAAUGUCGCGAGGAAUCACAGGAUAUAUGCGCCAUCAUCAUCGUCACGCAUCGAAUCCAAGGUUUUCGGACCCAACGAGAUUCCCAUCGACACCAACGAAACACCCUGCGCGUAUGGACCCGUGGAACGAGGCUGGUUUGGCUAUGUCGGAGACGUCAACAACGAAGACGGGAGCACGCGAGUCGUCAUGGCUAUGGCUCGCUUAUCGCAGAGUGCAGUGGUUGCAGACAGGACGAACAGGACAUCCGGUUUUUCGAUUUCACUGGACGGACGACCCACCGAGACGCAACCAAUUGAAGACCCGAAUCAAAUUGUGAUGUUCACGGAUACAAUCAAAAAGGCUGGUCAAGUCGAUUUCAUCUCUGGUCACAGAAUGGGUCGCGCCUGGGAGCGACCUGGUGCUGCCCCGGCGCCCCAGUCGUCGAUAUCGUCGCCCUCGUCUAGGACCUACGUGCACAGUCCUCCGCGCCCCCGAGAGGACGAAGUGGAAGCAAGAGCUGCGAAGCGAGCUGGAAAGUCGAAGCAGAAAUCCAAACAGGCAGACGCAUUCAAGGAACAGGGAAACAAGUUCUUUUUGCAAGGCAAAUAUCAAGAAGCCGCCAAAGAGUACAAGAAAGCCAUCGAUGUCCAUGGACCUCGACCUAUAUAUAACACAAAUCUUGCUGCAGCGUAUCUCAAACUUCACAUGUAUCAACAGGCAGAGGAGUGCUGCGAUGAGGCUCUGAAGUACGACCCCAAAUCUGUCAAAGCUCGCUAUCGUCGUGGCGUCGCUCGUCGUGACAUGUUCGCCUUCAGGUCGGCCAUGGAGGACUUCAGAGCUUGCGCGAAACUCGCCCCACGCGAUUCUCAAUUCAGAAAGGAGAUAGCCCGGACUCAAAAGGAGAGUAAUCAGCAUCGUGCUGCAGGUAUUCCAGACCAGUUUGUAGAGCAGGGGUGCGAACCGCAAUAUCUUAGUGACGACGAUGACGGUGACGACGACUCGUUCUUUGACCCUCCUCUGGACGUUCCCGGAAAGCCGCUGCAGUCGGAUUCUGAUACGAGUGAUUACGAGCACGAAGGAAACGGACAACCAUGCCGAGCGUACAACCGUGACGGAUGCAGUCAAGGUUCUAAAUGCACGUUUAGGCACAGUGCUGAAGAGCAUACGACGAGAGACGAGCUUGGCCGCAACGUGUGUAAUUUCUGGCUUGCGGAUACCUGCACCUCUGGCAGUCAAUGCCCGUACGCUCAUUCGAAAGAGUAUCUGCCAGAAAAAGGGUGGUGGAACGAGAAGGGUAUGGAUGAUACUAUGAAGGGCCUUAUGCGGGAUAUCAGCAGGAUUCGGAACAUGUGAUCCGAAGAACAGCGCGAGUUUGACCGCAGGUAUGAGAUGGGAUUGCCACCCUUGGGGUAUAGCGACGACGACUACUAAGGUGCUUUCGGCUGUGGAAUUUUCCUUAUUCUCCUUGAUAAGAUGAUGAAGGCACGAGGCGAGGUGGUUUGGUGCGCCUGUUAUUCUUAUUCGUCCUGUAUUUGUUAUUUUUUGCCUUGCACCCUCGAGUCAGCGACCAGCUUUUUCUUCGCAUCCAUUCCUCAGCAUACGUUCAGAACAUACAUUUCACUGUAAAGGUUUGCUUUCGAAUUAUCAAUAAUGAAUUACAAGCAACAAAGUCUUUGAUAUCAAUGAUAUGAAAUACCGACUCGUCUGCUGGAGGGUUAAACUUAAAAAGCGUUGGUGACCAAUUUAUGCUUUCGUCAUCAUUGGUCUCGCCGAAUCGAUUCGUA